UCCCUCACUCAAGCCCGCGCCGGGUGGAUAAAGCGAUGUAGAUUUGACUGACGGUGUGUGCUAAACAGCAAUCCGCAAUACUAAAUUCCGCAUCAUGGACGCGUCGCUGGCGCCAGAGGCCAUCUUCCGCGGAGGUGGUCAAAUAAUUCCAACGGCACGCCGCGCCUGUUAUAGCUCCUUCCUCAUGGCAUCCCCCCGCCUCAUGGAGCCACUCUACUCAGUCUCCAUGACGGGACCCCAGGAUUCAAUCCCGGUGCUGUACAACGUGCUGGCACGGCGUCGCGGCCACGUGCUACUAGACGGACCCGUUGCCGGUACCCCAUUGUACCGCGCUAGUGGCUUGCUGCCCGUCAUCGACAGUUUCGGCUUCGAGACGGAUGUGCGUAUCCAAACGCAGGGGCGCGCCAAUGUAAGUAUGGUCUUCGAAAAGUGGCAAAAGGUUCCUGGCGACCCACUUGAUAAGGAGGUGGUACCGCGUCCUCUCCAGGCCGCUGAUGCACAAGCUACGGCGAGAGACUUUGUCCUGAAGACCAGGCGGCGGAAGGGGUUGAGCGAGGAUGUCAGCGUGGCCAAGUUCUUGGAGCCCGACUUCUAUCAAAGCCUGUUGGAAAGCGGCGCGUUGGGAAGUCCGUAGUUUGGGGAGGGGUUGUGUGUGGCGUCAGUAGUGGGUGGUCGAUACCGAUUUAAUCGAGUCUACGGUUCGCAUGUACAAUACAGGGUUUACGAAUAUUGAAAGCCGGGUACCGUCGGUCUCCGCAAAGCAACAGCAACCAAUACGUUCACGAGGCUACACUGGACGCAUCGUAUUUGUUCUGGAAAAUUGGUGAUAGGAGGCAUCUGCAUAUCUUUGCUUGUGGCAGGAUGUCUCCAUUCAUACAUACUACGUACAUACUUAACCGUAGUACUAAGGCAAGAAACAGGGAAGUGAGUGAUGUUGACUGACUGCCCUGCAGUGUGUCGGC